AUGAAGUUUCUCAGAACUGCAACAGCCGCGGUGUUGGCUAAUCUUUUACUUCUGGUACUAGCUGUUUGUGGAAAGAGACAUUAUAAAUGUGAUCAUGGCCGACCCUUUAGUGAGGAAUACAUAAUAAGUAAAGCACGGUACGCUAGUGCUGAUGAUAACCGUUAUGGAAAUCUUGCUGUUCCCACAGGGGAAUCAUACAUAUCAUUAUUUUUCGCCAAUCCUUUACUAAAAAAUUCAUUAGAUCUAGGUUGUUACUUAAUUCAAGUAUAUGGGCAACCUCCAAAAUACCAAUUCUCUCAAUAUGUUGACAAUAAAUGGAAACUGUGCACUUUAGAAAGUAGAAGUUAA